AUGGACGAUGGAUCGGUGCACGAGGACGCGGGCGCGCAGGAGGCGCAGAUGCAGAUGAAUUCGUCGUUUCAGAGCGUGAGCUCGCUGAGCGCGUCGAAAGAUUUCGGAACGAACGCGGGCGCGGAGGACUCGGGGCACGCGGACGGUGGAUUGGAUGACUUCGGCGAUUUUGCGGCGGAGCCGGCGGCGGUGGAACAGAUGACGGCGGAGGUGGGGCAGAUGGCGGUGGAGCACGCGGCGCCGGCCGAACCCGCGGCGCCGGCGCCGGAGGAGGCGCCGAUGGAACCCGUAGCGGUCAUGUCUAACGCCGGGUCCGCGAGUGCGUUGAGUGAAUCCGAUUUUGCGGCGCCUGAGCAAUCGGUGAUGGCGGAGGAACCGGCGGUGAACAUGUACAACUCGCCGCACUUGCAGGCGUUUCGCGCCGAGCAAGCCAAGCAACUCGCCGAACGCGAGGAGGCGGAGAAGCGCGAAAUCGAACGCAUCAAAGAGGAAGCCCAGGCCGAGCUGGAACUCAUGGAUUCGCAGCGCGCCAAGCAAAUCUCGAGCGCCAAGCAGGCGAACCGCGAGCGCCAAACGGCGGAGGAAGAGCUCUUCGCGAACGCCAGCGGUUGGGAGGCGGUUUCCAACUACGUGUCGGAUGAAAAUCUCGUCCCCGACUCCCUCACCGACCUGUCCAAGAUGCGAUCUCUGAUUCGCGUGCUAAAAAACACGCCACCCGUGAAGAGCGCGUAG